AUGAACAUUAGUACCUGGAAUGUGAGGGGAUUGAAUGAUCCCAUUAAAGUAGUUGAAAUAAAGAAGUUUUUAGCUAGUAAUAACAUUAGUGUUGUAGCUUUGUUAGAAACUAAAGUUCAGGAGAAGAAUAGUAGUAAAAUCCAGAAGAAAAUGGGGGUUGGGUGGCAGGGGAUUAUGAAUUAUGAGCAUUCUCCUAGGGGAAGGAUAUGGAUUGGUUGGAAGCAUGCCUUGGUGUCAGUUCAGCUUAUCCAAAAAACUGAAUUUUGUGUUCACUGUCAUGUUGCUACAAAGAAUGGCUUGUUUGAUACUAUCUUUUCAGCUGUGUAUGGUUUGCACUCUGUUGAUACUAGAAGACCUAUGUGGAGAGAGAUCACUACUUUCAGUAGUACUGUUAAUUGUCCUUGGCUAGUUAUGGGGGAUUUCAAUGCAGUUUUAUUAGCUGCUGAUAGAGUAAAUGGCAAUGCGGUUACUGAAGGAGAAACUAAGGACUUUGAUAGCUGUAUGGAUGCUGCAGGAUUGGCUGAGCUUAAAAGUUGUGGGAGUUACUAUCUUGGAGCAAUAAGGGGCAAGUUUGUUGAUGCUGUGGUGGAUUAUUUACCUCCAGGAAUUUCUGAUCACUCACCUCUGGUUAUGUCUUGUAAUAUCCAACUGGGAGGAGGGAGUAGACCCUUUAAAUUUUUUAACUAUAUGGCUGAUCAUGUUCUUUUUCUUGAUGUGGUUAAAAAGGGAUGGGAUGUGUCCUGUCCAAGGGGUGGAUCCAUGUUCAAGGUUUGGACUAAGCUGAAAGCAGUAAAACAAGGAUUGAAGGAGCUACAUCACAAAGAUUUUGCUAAGCUUGAUGAGACAAUUGAGGGGUUAAGGGCUGAUUUGGGUCAAAUUCAGAUUCAGUUAGCAUCUUGCCCUACUAAUAGCAAUGUGCAGCAAAGUGAGAGGGAGUGUAGUGAGACUCUUAAGAAAUUCUUGCAUAUUCAGGAGAGUGCAUAUAGACAGAAAGCAAGAAUUCAGUGGCUGCAAGUAGGAGAUUCUAAUUCUAUGUUCUUUUUCAGUGCAAUGAAGGAGAGGAUAGCUAGGAAUAGCAUUCAUAUUUUGUAUGAUGAUUCUGGGAAGAAGCUUAGCACUACUCAGGAAAUUCAGGAAGAAGUUAGCUCUUUCUAUAAGCAGUUGAUUGGUACUGCAGCUAGCUCCUUGAUGGGUGUGGAUGUUGGAGUGGUUAGGAAAGGGAAGCAGCUUUGUGCUGCUGAUGCAGAAAUGUUGGUGGUUCCUGUCUCAGAUGCAGAAAUUGAUGCAGCUAUCAAAGGUAUUGAUAUCAAUAAAGCCCCUGGGCUUGAUGGUUUCAAUAGUUUGUUCUUUCUUAAAGCUUGGGAGAUUGUGAAAGCAGAUGUUUAUGAAGCAGUGAGAGAGUUUUUCAGAACUGGAGUGAUGUUAAAGCAAGUGAACAACACCUCAGUUACUCUGGUACCUAGAUUCAGAAUGCUUCAUGUGUGA